CACAAUGCAACAGAAGAGAGAGAUUGACAGAUAGAGAGGCUGGGAAAGUGGGAGAUGCCAACUGCCACAUGCUGGGAUUAUAAUACAAUGGAGGGUGAUAGACAACUGUUAAUAUCAAAGAUGAGAUUCUACUGCUGCUUCUUAUGAGGAGAGGACAUAAUACCAUUCCACAAUCAUUGAGAUUCAGCCUUACACAGGGAGAAUGCCACGUAAGUUGACACAAUAAAAUAAGUGAAUAAAUGUACACUUUUGGUUCAAAUAAAGGGUAGAAUACAUUGUCGGUUAAAAUACAAGGUCAAAUAUCCUAAAUGUUCUAUGUUUAGUAUCAUAUGCAGGAUGUGUAUGUGUGUCGGGUUGUGUGUGAGAAAUGCAUGUCAAAGAGCAAUGCCGCCAGACUGGUUGAGUGACACAAACAUACAAAGAGGUGAGUUAGGGAAAACACAGAAAUGCUGUCAGAAUGUGCUUCCUAACAACACUAAGUGGAGGAGUGUACUGUGAACGUGACUCAUUAUUGUUACCUGAGAACAGUGACAGAAAUAGGUGACAAAACACACCCAAAGCCUAUAUUUAACCUGAUAUAACCACAUCCAUGUAGACAGUAGUAGAGUGAGUUUCACGAUCGAUUAUGAAAUAGGAUGCUGUGGAUGAGAGGGGAACAGGUGACUUUCAAAGUGUUGAGUUUAUCACUUUUAAUUUGAUUGAUCCUUUAUUUAGACAGGUUGUGAUUUGUUUAGGUUGUGUUUAUUUAGACAGGCAGGUAGCCUAGCGGUUAAGAGCAUUGUGCUAGUAACCGAAAAGUUGUUGGUUUUAAUCCCUGAGCAGACUAGGUGAAAAAUCUGUCGAUGUGCCCUUGAGCGAGGCACUUAACCCUAAUUGCUCCUGUAAGUCGCUCUGGAUAAGAGCUUCUGCUAAAUGACUUAAAUGUAAUAAAGUAAGGUUUGACGGACAAAGCAUGGGUGCCAAUCUGUUUCUAUGGAUGAUAUUCUAGUAUUCUAAUCCUAAAUAUGAAUAUAUAAACAACACAACUUGCAUAAGUGAACUGGUUCUUAAGGUGACAAAGUAUUUGAUCACAUUUGCCAUUUUGAACAUUUACCAUGGCCCACUCUCUGUCCUCUCAAGUUGAUUCAAAUUGUAGUUCCAUUUGAAAAACAAAUGUCCAGAGAACUAUCAAUGGGCCUCUAAUUGUUCCAUACAACCAGUUGUUGUUUUAUCUCUGCGGUGACAAAUGAAAACAGGGGCUGAGUCUGAACUGGCACCCUAUUCACUAUGUAGUGGGGACCCAUAGGGCUCUAGUCAAAAGUUGUGCACUAUAUAACGAAUCGGGUGCCAUUUCAGACAUAGCCACAGUCUCUUCCUACUAUCUAGCCCCUAAUAAUUACUUCUCACACUGACCUGCCCUGAACUUGCCUACUGAAUUUGAAUAAUGCUAUCCUGUCCACCUUCACUGUUGGUAGGAAGAGGAUUUGUCUACGAUUCCAUUGGAGAAUACUAGUCAGCCAGUCAGCCAGCCAGUCUGUCUUAGCAUUUUUCAAACAUCAUGCCCAAAUCAUGUCAAAAUAACUUUAAAUAGCGGUGUCAUCAGAUAAUGAAUAGUGAACAAUAAAAGUCAGACUGUGUUUGAUAAUGAGGCCUAUAGAUUGUGAAGUUGAAUGUGACAUAUUGUACUGUACCCAGACGGGCCAGGCCUAUUGUGCAAACAAUGCUGCGGUACCAAUGCCCCGGCAUGCCCAACCCAUCCAGGUUUUUUUUAAAAUGUCUUUAGGACACAUAUCCCAAAUGCCAAGUGUGGGUUAACGCUCUAGCCUUGCCAAGUUGAUGCCAUAUUGGACGCACCUUGCUGAGCUAUCAAUAUUGUCUUCUUAUGCAAUCAGUGUGAUUAUACUAUAGCCAUAGUCACACUACUGCACCUUAAGUUGCCUCACCAUUCAGACACUAUCAGAUCUACCCAGAUACCAUAGUUACGUAUCUAGGGCUAAUCUAGGUUAUGCAUUCAACAAUUGAGAUUACAUGAUAAGUGAUACUAGCAGUCAAAAGUAUACGUAUACAGCAUAACAAAAACAUGUACCAGGGUUAAAAAUACUCACAUUGUCAUUGUUAUCAAUGGGGGGGGAAAGUUCAAGACAUGCAACAUGGAGUGAAAUGGAAAUUGUAUGUCAAGUAUACAAACUGUACAGUCCCUUUCCCUAAAGUAGCCAUUGAUUAGCCUAGAUGAAGCUAAUGGACUCCAGAUGUCCUUACAUGUGUCUUGUGUGACAGUGGAAGUUGUUGGACACUCCAUGCUGUGUCAUUACAGCCGAGGGCUUUAUGAGGCUGCUGACCGAUGGUAAUCUAAUGAUGAUAUAGCCGUGCGUGUGUGUUCCCCCUCCUCAGGAUGUCAUCCUACUCUGAUGCCGAUAAUCAGUGUCAACCGGGGAACACCAUCUGUGGUUAGUGCUCCUCUCCUCCUCUCUCCUCCUCCUUUUUUUCUCUACCUCUCUUGUCUUUCCCCUUCUACAACUUACUGUAUGUGCACAAGCUGUUGGGACUCCAAGCCAAAGGCAUUGAUUGAAAAGACUCCAUCAAUUUGGACUCUUUAGAUUCGAUAGACAAUAUUAUGGAAAUGCUAAGGAAAUGUUUAACUAUGUGACAGUUAGCUGUCCAUUGAUAUAUUCUGUUGAGGUGAGUUUUGCUAGUCUUCCCAUCAGUGUAAAAAGUGGGAUUCAACAUUCUGUCACAAACUGGUUGUCCAAUUACUGAGAUUGUAUUUGUGCUUACAGUACAUAUGAUCACAGUAAAUACAUUUGAUAAAUAUGGCAAUGUCCCUAGGUGGAGACUGUUGUUCCCUUGCACAGCCUUUACCAAACAGAGCUGUAACAAAUAUGUUGCAACCAACACGAUAAAGCCACUUCAAACGUCUAGAAAACACCUUGGGUACAUAGAAUAGAUAGCAGCAGAACUGUGAAAAAUAUAGAUAAUGUGAAAUAUAGAUAGGAGGGGGUGGUUUUAUUAGGCUCCAAACACAGGACAAAAAAGACCUAGACUUGCCCAAUAAGAAAAACUCAUUAUGUUUCCGCUGUGUGCCCUAAUACAAUACUAUACAAUACAAUAUUUUUUUAUCCAUUAUACAAAGAUAAGAGAAAUGUGUUGUGUUUGCUGUCACAGUACUCAGAUCCACCAUGCACACAAGGGAGCAGCACAGGGUCAGCCGCAUUGUCAGCCGCAAUGUCAGCCACAGAGCAGCGCAGGUUAGGAGAAAUACAGUUCAGACUCCCCAGAAGCUUUUAAGGAACAAGAACAGCUGAUUGAUGAUGCAUCAUGUUUCACCUGAAAAUGAAUCAAAACCAGAUAACAACUGGCUUUAAGCAUUCCAGUGACUGAUGGCACACAGUAGCUUGAUUUAGCUAAACAAUCAAGGUGUGGUGCAAACCUACUGCACCACCUACACAUUUUUCAGUAUGCAAUUUAAGGAGCACUUAAAGGCCCAGUGCAGUCAUGUGAUUUUCCUGUGUUUUGAAUAUAUUUCCACACUAUGAGGUUGGAACAACACUGUGAAAUUGUGAAAAUGAUGAUAAUGCCCUUUUAGUGUAAGAGCUGUUUGAAAAGAUUGCUUGAAAUUUCAGCCUGUUUUGGUGGGAUGGAGUUUUGGCCUGCCCGGUGACAACACCAGGCGGUAAAUUAGUUAAUAGACCAAUAAGAAAGAUAGUUCCAAAUCUCUCUGCCAAUAAUAGCUAGUUUUCAGUUUUCACCUCCCCACUAAGACCACUCCCAGACAGUCCUAGCAAAAUUCUUGCUUGAGAAAUUUAUCUUUGCUAAGAAACUAUUUUUGUAAAUUUUUUACCAUUUUAAUUGAAAACAAUCACAGUAAGGUACUUCAUUGUUAACCAGAAAGGAUUUGAAAUUGAGAUAAAAACGGCUGCAUUGGACCUUUAAAUGAAAGGAGCGUAAAUAAGUAGCUUAUGAAAUAUGAUAGGAAUGAUGAGCACUAAAUCCCACCUGACAAACAGUCUGAAAUACAUUCCUAUUGGCAUGUACUGUUCUUGCUACUUCAAGUCUAUCCUACUCAAAACAAACCCCAGACCACACCUGUUUGCUUUUAAGUGUCACGUAGUACACUGAAUGUACAAAACAUUAGGAACACCUUCCUACUAUUGAGCUACACCCCCUUUUGCCCUCAGAACAGCCUUGUCCAGGCAUGGUUCUACAGGGCAGUGUUGGAUGCUGCCCAGUUGACAACGCUUCCACGUGUGCAAUCUGACGCCUUGGGGUGGAAGUUUGUCACACAGGGAAUGGUGACAUGAAAAACCAGCAGGUUGAUUCUUGACACACAAUGGUGGCCUGGCACCUCUACAACCCCUUCAAGGUACUUAAGAUUUGUCAACCCUCGAUGGCAAUGUGACAUCAAUAAGGGAUCUCUCUCUCUCUCUCUCCUCUCCUCUCUCUCUCUCUCUCUCUCUCUCUCUCCUCUCUCUCUUCUCUCUCUCACCACACACACACGAUGUCACAGUGUAUCAACAGGAAGUGAUCAUUGUGCCUGUCCUGCUCCUUGCGAGCUUCCUGGUCACUCUGCUAAUCGUUCUCCUGAUGAGGUACUGCCCUGGAAAGGGAAACCGCAGACGACCCACCAUAACCCUAGCCCGACCACACAGCACUAGCAGGUCGAGCAGACACAGCGCCAGACAGAACCUACAGGGCAUUGAGGGUAAGUUGGUGUGCACAUUGAUGUUAUGCCAAUGAGCUUGACUGAUGAGUCAGCACAAGUAUCUCCCACUCUGUUCAAGUCUCUCUAGACAAACGGCAAUGUAUCAAUGCUCCAGCUUAACACAUCUUUACAAGUUGUGUUGUCAGUUGGGACAGAUAAGACGAGUCGGAAAUGGGAAGCGCGUCACCAGUAACGUUACUGCCCUAGCUAAACAUGAGCACAAUACCCGCCAGCAUUUUAAUCCCCGCCUACCCAAACUCGUGAUUUGUUGGGAGUUUUCUGUCUGAUGAGGACCCUCCCGUGAAAAAAACAUUCUCCCCCCUUUCGAAAUGUCAUAUAGAUGCUGUCAUCCUCCCCAGACCUUGUGCCGUUGCUGCCUAGCUUCCCACUGGACAAACCACGUCAUUUCAAAGUGGAAAUGUGGGUAAUAUUUGGUUGAGACAUUGUUCAAUGAGAUUUCAACCUUUAUUCACCCACUCAAAAAGAAAGCAAAAAGUUUGGUGAAUUCCCAAUGUUUUAUCACUAUGCUUUCAACCAUCUAAAAACACAACCAAAUUCCAAUGGAAAUACAAUGUCAGAUAUUUUAAUGUGUUAUCACUGUGCUUCAUCUAAUAGCACAACCAAAUGACCUGGAUUGCAGUUGAGUUUACAUUAAAAGUACAUUGUGCAAGUGAUCAAGGCUGUUCAAGAUUCUGUACAGAUUAUUAUAGCAAUUGUGAAGAUCUCCACAGAUCUGCGAUCUUUGCAUGCUAACUCAAUAUUAGGAAGGUGUUCCUAAUUUUUGGUAUACUCCGUGUAGGCACGUCUCCAUCUCAACCAAUAAUCAAAGUUGAAGAAUAGGACUAAAUCAUAUCAAACUUUAUUUAAAGUGUAUUUAAAGUUGAAUUUGAUUUAAUUUAGUCCUAUUGUAGGCCUAAAAUAGUAUAAUUUAUUAUCUAUGACUUAUGAAGUAUGGUUACAUUUGAUUUGCUUUGUUAAACCUACCAUUUGGAAUGACUUUGAUAGUAACAGUGAAUAUAUUUAGCUACUAAGAGAUCUCUCAAUAAUCAUUCUCACAAUAGCACAUUGGUAGUAGUCAGUGACAAAUAUAAAAGCUGGGCUUGGUUAAAACCCUGGAUGGGAGACCAAAUGAAUAGUUGUAAAUCAACUCUCCAGCAGGACAUGCUGCCCAGUCUAUUGUUUUUAAAUUCUGAUAGUGGAUAUGACGUUGAAGAUCUGACAUUGUUUCAAAGGUACAAAUGCAACAUAUUUUAGGUUUGUCUAUAUUGAAAAUGGGUUACAAUGAUGUCAUAAUCCUGUGGUUGAAAUGUCUCCCUCAAAACAACAGUUCAUUACCUUUUUCAAAUCCAAUGUAUUUUCAACUUAGAUUCCACAUCACAAUACUUUGACAAAUUACGUUGAAACAAUGUUGAUUCAACCAGUUUGUGCCCAGUGGGUUACGAUGCUCCAAGGUCUGAGAUAUCCUAAACUAACUCUGUAGUAGAACUACAGUAGUAAGUAUUUACAAACUGUAUAAAACACAUAUUUAGUCAAUUGCUUCAGCACAAUGAUUGCCAUAUGGUUUAUUUGAGGCUUUUAAUGUAAAUGUUUGACAAAACUAGACAAGCUCUUGUCAUAUAUUCAUCUACAGGUGUAUGGUGUAUUUAUCUACUUUAAAAAGCCUGCAUAGGCAGAGACUGAUGUUUGUUUUGUAAUGCAUGAGUUGCAUCUCUAGGUCUCAUGUAUACAGUGGUGGAAAAAGUACCCAACGAUACCUUAAUAGAAAAUGACUGAAGUAAAAGUGAAAGUCACCCAAUAAACAAACUACUUGAGUAAAAGUCUAAAAGUAUUUGGUUUUAAAUAUACUGUACUUAAGUAUUGAAAGUAAAUGUAAUUGCUAAAAUAUGCUUAAGUAUCAAAAGUAAAAGUAUAAAUCAUUUAAAAUUCCUCAUAUUAAGCAAACCAGACGGCACAAUUUUAUAAUUUUUUUAAUUUAUGGAUAGCCAGGGGCACACUCCAACACUCAGACAUAAUUUACAAACGAAGCAUGCGUGUUUAGUGAGUCCGCCAGAUCAUAGGCAGUAGGGAUGACCAGGGAUGUUCUCUUGAUAAGUGUGUGAGUUGGGCCAUUUUCCUGUCCUGCUAAACAUUCAAAAUGUAAUGAGUACUUUUGGGUGUCAGGGAAAAUGUAUGGAGUAAAAAGUACAUGAUUUUCUUUAGGAAUGUAGUGAAGUAAAAGGAAAAGUUGUAAAAAAUAUAAAUAGUAAAGUACAGAUAAAACUACUUAAGUAGUACUUUAAAGUAUUUUUACUGAAGUAUUUUACGCCACUGCAUAUAUAUAAUUUGAUAUAUGCGUAAUAACCAUCUCCUAACCUACAGCUCCUCCUGAGCUGAACCCACUGGAGCAUGAGGAGUUACCUAUGACCACUCCGACCCAGCGUGACGCCCCAGCCACGUUGUCUGCAGUACUGGAGCCACCCAAAGAGAGACAGCAUGGCUCUUUCAACCUGGUCACUCCGCUGCCCCUCUCCUUCUCUGUCAAACCAGAUGACUCUGUCACCCUCUACAGGGCAAGGAUGGACAACAGAGACGUGAUUCUACGGACACUUAAAGGUCAAAUGCUUUGAUAUUCAUUGGAGUUAUAAAAUAGACGCUCCCAUCCAGAGACUGACAGUCAGUGUAUUGUAAGACCUUGAGGCUUAUAUGAGUAUAAAACCUGAAGUCUUGGGAAUGUUAUCUUGUCUUUGUGUUACUAUGAAAUCUUGUGAUCAUAAUUCGAUAUUCAAAUCAACAGACCUAGGCCAACCCAUAACAAAACUGACUACAUUUCCCAUGAGUAGCCUAGUGCUAGAUAAAGAAGAAAAAAAUACUACUCAUUCAGUGUGUUUGAGGGGAUCAGUUUGAGGAAGGCGAGACGUAGAAUCUCUAAUUUUGAUAAUAUGAUGAGUAGUUAUUUGGAUGUAAGGUGAUUUGUAGAUCAGUGAUUCUAUGCAGUCUGACUGCAAUGUAGUCAAUCUCAAAACACACCUUUUCUCCCCCCAGAAACAGCCGAUGACAGCGAGCGCCAGUCCUUCCUGGGCUUUGCCUCCUUCCUGUCUGAGCUGGGGCCCCACCCCUUUCUGCCUGGUCUGAUGGGCGUGGUGUCCCUUCGUAUCCCCCUCAUAACCGUGAUGGAGGAACUGGAGCACAGGGACCUGCUGGGGUUCCUAUGGAGGUGUCGACAGGUAUGGUACUCCCAUAGAGUCAGAUAGAGGACUCAUCUUUAUAUCUGUGCCAUUAUAGCGUCUGAGACAUUAUAGCAUCUGUGGCAUCAUGUGCAGCGUCAUUGAGGCUACAACCCAAAGGAAUCCCCACCCAAUUUACUACUUUAAAAUGGGCGAAGCAUGGUGGAAGCCCUCAAUGGCAAUGUCCAUGCUAAAACGGCUUAUAUUCGUGAUGAGUCCUCUAUCUAUCUCUAUGGGUACUCCUACAUUACCAAAUAGCUGGGGGUGUUCAGUAGGGAGAACACAGUUUUAAACAGAGUGAAACGGAGAGGUAGCCUACUUGAACUUGUCCAAUGAGAGAUUAUUGUUUCACCAAAACGUUUUGCUAUGGACUGAAGUAUACUGAACACUACCCUGAUAUGUUAGGGAAUGGUCCUAGCUAGAAAUCUGUCUGCACAACAUAAAUUGUAAAUUGUCAUCAGGUUUUCCUGAAAAUUCAAGUUGUAUUUACAUUUACAUUUGACAUUUUAGUAAUUUAGCAGACGCUCUUAUCCAGAGCGACUUACAGUUAGUGAGUGCAUACAUUUUCAUGUGGAUCUCAAGAGGCUGAGCAAACACUCUAACUCUGUUAUCAUAUAUAUAUAGACUACAGUGAAUAUGGACAUGAUCAUUAGUGAUAGUGGGAAUGGAUACUCACAGUGCUGUUUCUUGGAAGGACACAGGUGUGGAGUCCCCAUGCAAUAUCACAGAGAAGCGCAUCUUCACCAUGGGAGGACAAGUGGCUUCUGCUCUGGUUGGUCUCUCUCUCUCUCUCUCGUUCUUUUUUCCGUCCAUCAAGUGAUCCAUCCAUCUCUGUCAUUAUGUCUACAAUUGAAAAUGAUAGUUCAAGUUGAGUGCAUAUGUUAUAAAAUGUUAAUUUGAUGAUUCCAUCAUUCUUAUUCAGAAGUGUAUAGGCACUGUGACAACUGCUGAUGUAAAAAGAGCUUAGAAAUGCUCACUUGAUUUGAACCUAUGAGAAAGGGCCAAGAAUUUUACCUGUGUUAAGAAAAAACUCCUGGUCAUACCUACUUGAUUCAUCUGUAUGAAUGGCUUUUAUAUGCUUGAAUGUCCCAUAACCAUUGUAAAACACAGCAUCCUCUCUAAUUGUGUAUUCAGGAAUACCUGCAUGGUCAGAGCUGUAUCCAUGGCAAUGUUGGAGCUCGGAGCGUGCUGGUUGGCCGAGACCUGACGGCUAAAUUGUGGGGAUUUGGUCCAGCAUACCGUAGGAAAACACAAGCAGGAACUCCAGGAGAGCUGCAGAACAUUGAGAUGAGGAAGUGGCAGGCUCCAGAAGUAUUGGCAAGGAGACCUGUCAGUCAAAACAGUGACGUGUAAGUCGCCAAUCUGAUUGGACAUAUCCAUUACACAAAUUAUCAAAAAUACAUGUGAUUUUUUACGUCGACAAUUAACUCUCCAACCACCCUUUUUUCCAGCUGGUCUUUUGGUAUCCUGCUCCAUGAAAUAGUGACGCUAGGUAAAUGCUUUUCUAAAUAAAUAAUGUAUCAUUACUGGUCUACUGAACUGUUAUAACCAUCACAAAUUAAAAACAUUAAUCUCAUUAUUAUAAUGUUUAUCAUGUAUACAUGCCCUAAUUUAUCAUUAAUUCCUCCACUUUGUAGGUGACCCACCAUUCCCUAAAGUUAUGGCCAGUGAUCUUCUUCAAUACCUCCAAAGAGGAAAGACUCAGAAGAGACCAGCUAAAUGUUCUAUCUCACUGUAAGAGAGCACAUUAAGUAAUAAUACAUGAAUAAUUACCUAAAAACAUAUGAUUAUAAUAGUGCUAUAAUAGUUAUCUUCGACAUUGGUAAAAAUGGCCACAAUGAUUACCACAAAACAAGUUACAUUGGUUACAAAAGCUACUGUACCUUUUUCAGGUAUUCCAUAAUCAAGUCCUGUGGCCAGUUCGCACCACACGAGCGCCCUGCAUUGGCUGAGGUGAUCCAGAAACUCCAAUCAGGAGAGAAGAGUGCCAACAAUAGGACAGUUCUUCGAGUGCCUGAGCCACUGGGCAUUGAGAAGUACCUGCGGGAGGCGGGAUAUGGAGAGGCCUACAAUUACGUUGUUCUCUGA